UUUUUCUAACUUACCCGGAAGACGUUUUUUCCCGCAACUUUUUAUUUAGCAGAACUAUACAGACCCAACCUGCUGGUUCUGAUUCACACAGACUCGGAUAUUUUCUUCUUAUUCUUUAUUUUCCUGACUGAGCAACACAUAAAUCUUUGGUUCACCUCCACAGUCUGCAGCAUAAAGUCUAAAGAAGAAAGUAAACUGGAAGAAUCUGUCACUUUCUCAGCAGAUACAAAGUCAGCGGUUUAAGAUACAGAGACGUAGUCAGCGAUGGCCUGCAGUAGCACCAGUUCUGCGGGUGACCUGCAUCGUCUCUCAGAAGUGAGGAUUGUGCUGCUGGGCUGUAGAGAUGCAGGGAAAAGUUCAUCAGGAAACACCAUCCUGGGCGAGGAAAAAUUUGAGUUCAACCAAACUUCACAGUGUGUGAAGAGACAAGGACAUGUAACUGAGAGACAGAUCACUGUGGUUGAAGCUCCAGGAUGGCAGAGAGAUAACGCUGUGGAGCAGCUCCUCAAACAGGAGAUUCAGACCAGUGUGACCAUGUGUCCUCCAGGUCCACACGCUGUACUGCUGGUUAUACGUUUGGACUUUGAAUUUACAGAAAGAGAGAGAAGAGCGUUAGUCAGAUACGUAGGUCUUCUCGGCCCGACAGUCUGGAGACACACCAUAGUUCUGUUCACCUUUGGAGACUCUCUGGGAGACACAACCAUAGAGAGACACAUUGAGAGUGAAGGACAGACUCUGCAGUGUCUGGUAGAGAAAUGUGGGAACAGAUAUCAUGUUUUUAAUAAUAAAAAGAGAGACGAUGUCUCUCAGGUCUCAGAGCUGCUGGAGAAGAUUGAGAAGAUGGUGGCAGGGAACAGUGGCUGCCAUUUGGAAAUAGACAGAGAGAUAUUGCAAAAUGUGGAGCAGAAAAAAGCAGAGGAAAAGAGGUCAACAGAGAGGUUGAUGAAGGUGUCAAAGAAAAGGGAAGACAUUAGAAAACACAUGUCGGUAAUACACCAUCUGCCGGAAGUGAGGAUUGUGCUGCUGGGCUACAGCAAUGCUGGGAAAAGUUCAUCAGGAAACACCAUCCUGGGCGAGGAAAAAUUUGAGUUCAACCAAACUUCACAGUGUGUGAAGAGACAGGGAAAUGCAACUGAGAGAAAGAUCACUGUGGUUGAAGCUCCAGGAUGGCAGAGAGAUAAAGCUGUGGAGCAGUUCCUCAAACAGGAGAUUCAGACCAGUGUGUCCUUGUGUCCUCCAGGUCCACACGCUGUACUGCUGGUUAUACGUUUGGACUUUGCAUUUAGAGAAAAAGAGAGAAAUGCGUUAGUCGAAUACGUAGGUCUUCUCGGCUGGACAGUCUGGAAUCACACCAUAGUUCUGUUCACCUUUGGAGACUCUCUGGGAGACACAACCAUAGAGAGACACAUUGAGAGUGAAGGACAGACUCUGCAGUGGCUGGUAGAGAAAUGUGGGAACAAAUAUCAUGUUUUUAAUAAUAAAAAGAGAGACGAUGUCUCUCAGGUCUCAGAGCUGAUGGAGAAGAUUGAGGAGAUGGUGGCAGGAAAAGGCUGUCUUCUGAAAACUUCUGAAAACACAGUGAUAUCACAAUACCUUCAACAAAAUACGGGGAGAAGAGCAAAGAAAGCACAGAGUGAAGGUGGAAAACUUUUUAUACCUUCACCAAGUUCCAGGCUUGAAGGAGAGCUUGAGAACAUAAUGUAG